AUGCAAAGGUAUUUGCAACUGCAUAAGAAAGAUGGCUCAUGGAGUGACUCCUGCAGAUUCGAGUAUGUCAGAAGCAGCAUAAAAUCAGAGCUGCCGCUGAACCGUGGCGACAUCAUUCGAGUCAGAAGAGAGGUGGACGUGAACUGGUUGGAAGGCGAGCGAAAUGGUCAGUGCGGUCUGUUCCCCAGGAGUUAUGUGCAGCCAACGGGUCAACACUUCAUAAUAAUUGAUACUCGACCAUUAGAUCAGACCGGUGAUGCGAACGGUGAAGUGGUGACUAUUCGAAGGGAAAUAGAUGAAAACUGGUAUGAAGGUACCAAUCAUCUGGGUGAAAUUGGUAUCUUUCCACGAAAUUAUGUAAGGUCUCUCUUGUCUAAGUGUAAAUUUCAGAUUUUGACAAACUCGCCAGACCGGCCCAAAACGCCGAAAGUCUUUGAACGAGAUGAGCACUUCUCAAGACCUAAUAGCUAUCGAGCUCUUUAUAAAUUCACUCCAACGAAAAGCGAUGAAGUCUCGUUGGAAGUGAACGACAUUAUCUUCGUCGUGGAGAAAUGUGACGAUGGUUGGUAUAUCGAGAUGCCCCAUGCAUUCGACUUCAUCAAGCAUCGUUUGGAGGUGAUUGGAUGCAUACCUGGCCUUUACAUUAACUAG